AUGGAUAGUUUACGUGAUUUGGGUGAGUCAACUUCUAACUUAGAUAAAGAAAUAUCUGUUAAUAAUAAUAAUUUAGAACCUGAAAUAUUGACUGUUUUAUAUAGAAAUCAUCAAAUUUCUUUUAAAGAAAUAGAAGUUGCUGUUAGUAGUCACAAUAUAUCAUUAAAGCAGCAAGAGGAGGAUGUUAAUAUGUUGGUGGUGGAUUUAACCUCUCAAGAUUCAGAUUCAGAAAUUAAGCACCAAUUGAAUAUAUAUUUAGAUCUCAACAAUUCAUAUAUUCUAACAAAAGAAAAGCUUAAAGAUUCUGAAAUUAUUAAAAUAAUUUUGGAUAAAGCAAAUAAAGAUAAAAAUAGUAAUCUUGAAGAUACAAAUGAAGAAAAAUCGGAAAUUUCUGCUUCAAAGGAUUUAAAAAGUUUAAAUUAG